AUAUACCUCAACGAUGUAUAUAGCCUAAUGUGUUUCUGUGUGCGUUGCAUUGUUUAAAGAGUCUGUGUCAUUACACAAGUAAUGAAAAACGCCUACACCCUCACUUUUUAAAUUAAACAUUACUGAAAAGUGUUGCUGAAUGAAGAACCGGAUGUUGCCUGCGGUAGAGGAAACGUUCGCUUUUUGAUGUUGAUAUCAGGGAUAUAUUGACAGACAUUACGCAUUUCUCCCUGUGACUUCUAGUUGGCUCUUCAAAAAUAGCUUCUCAGCCUACUUCUUUUGUCGUGCACACAGCUGGACAGUGUGGGCAAUACACUAAAGCGCUUCGCUUAAUUUUGCGACGUCAGGACCCUGCAUGUGCCAUGAAUCGGCUGCUUCGGUGCCCGUAGGUACGUGAGCCGUGGUCGGGGUGUGACGGAAUGAAUGUGAUCGGCCUGCCCAUUCAUUCACACUACAGGACGGUCUUGAUCCGGACACGAGGGAGUGGACAGGUGCCCUUCCACUACUCGUGCUACGAGCCCCUGCCAUGCCGUUCCCUUUCGGCAAGUCCCACAAGUCCCCGGCGGACAUUGUGAAGAACCUCAAGGACAGCAUGUCCGUGCUGGAAAAGCAGGACAUCUCCGACAGGAAGGCGGAGAAGGCCACUGAGGAGGUGUCCAAGAACCUGGUGGCCAUGAAGGAGAUCCUGUACGGCACCAAUGAGAAGGAGCCGCAGACGGAGGCAGUAGCGCAGCUGGCGCAGGAGCUGUACAACAGCGGGCUGCUGAGCACGCUCAUCGCCGACCUGCAGCUCAUUGACUUUGAGGGCAAAAAGGACGUGGCUCAGAUCUUUAACAAUAUUCUCCGCCGGCAAAUCGGGACGAGGACUCCAACAGUGGAAUACAUCUGCACUCAGCAGAACAUACUGUUUAUGUUGUUAAAAGGGUACGAGUCCCCGGAGAUCGCGCUGAACUGCGGCAUCAUGCUGAGGGAGUGUGUUCGGCACGAGCCGCUGGCCAAAAUCAUCCUAUGGUCCGAGCAGUUCCAUGACUUCUUCAGAUACGUGGAGAUGUCCACGUUUGACAUAGCCUCAGACGCGUUCGCCACCUUUAAAGACCUGCUCACGAGACACAAGCUGCUGAGCGCCGAGUUUCUGGAGCAGCACUAUGACAAAUUCUUUAGCGAAUAUGAAAAGUUACUCCAUUCAGAAAACUAUGUGACUAAAAGACAGUCUCUGAAGCUGCUUGGGGAGCUUCUGUUAGACCGACACAACUUCACCAUCAUGACAAAGUACAUCAGCAAACCAGAAAACCUCAAGUUAAUGAUGAACCUCUUACGCGACAAGAGUCGUAAUAUCCAGUUCGAGGCCUUCCACGUGUUUAAGGUUUUUGUUGCCAAUCCCAACAAGACUCAGCCCAUCCUGGACAUUUUGCUGAAGAACCAGACGAAACUCAUCGAGUUUCUCAGCAAGUUCCAGAACGACAGGACCGAGGACGAGCAAUUCAAUGACGAGAAGACCUACUUGGUGAAGCAGAUCAGGGAUCUGAAGAGGCCAGCGCCACAGGAGGCUUGAUGUGCCUGGGGGGGGUGGGGCGGGGUGGGGGUUGGCACGCUGAUGGCACACGUACGCACAUCAGACCCCUCAGCAGAAACUGUCCUGGGACUGAGGACAUCAUUUUGUCAGUUCACAGGGAAGCAUUAGUGGUCGUCUGCUGUUUGGUUCUCUUCUCCCUGAUAUUAUUGUUGUUUUCUUUCUGUUGUUCCUCAAAAAAAAAAAAAUGCGAACCAUAGCUGCUGCUGCUUCCUUG